UGAUCACAUCGUCAUCGUUCUUUAGUCGUUCAUCCACCCACUUCUGAAAGGCACGGUUAUUGUUGUGACAGAAGAUACAGCAACUGCAAAACAACUGCAAGUUUCGAGGCUGAGUGAAAAAAGACAUUAGUGUUUCGUACGUCAAAGCCCUUGGAGAAAAAUAGUGUUGAAAGAAGCGCUCGCCUUUGUGCUCUGCGCUAAGAAACAUGAAGUUCCAGUACAAGGAGGAACAUCCGUUCGAGAAGAGGAAGGCUGAGGGAGAAAAGAUUCGACGAAAGUAUCCCGACAGGGUACCUGUGAUUGUCGAAAAGGCGCCGAAAGCGAAAAUCAGCGACUUGGACAAGCAAAAGUAUUUAGUACCGUCCGACCUGACUGUAGGUCAAUUUUACUUCUUGAUUCGUAAACGAAUUCAUCUUCGGCCCGAGGACGCCCUCUUCUUUUUUGUAAACAACAUUAUUCCCCCAACCAGUGCGACAAUGGGCUCGUUGUACCAGGAGCACCACGAGGAGGAUUUCUUCCUUUACAUAGCGUAUAGUGACGAGAACGUGUAUGGGCACUAAUGUUCGAAAAAUUCUAUUUUCGACAACUACCUUCAACGACUACUAUAACAAAAAAAGUCUACCAUUGACGUCGUAGUCCUCGUAGGUUUUUUUUUCUCGAAAAUUCAAACAAAAUUGCAGACAACUUUGCACACAAAAAAUUGACCUCAUGCGUCACACGUUGAUUUAUCUUUUACAAGGAGUUAAGAGACACGCUAAAUCUUUAGAGAGUUUCGUUUUGCUCCUGAGCAUUCUGGGCAUAAAGCACAUUAAAAAAAUAUCAAAAAACAUGAAUAAUUUAUAAACUCAGAAAUAAAAUUAAUUGCAAAAAAAUACGACAGAUUUUAACCGCAAAGUAAUAUACAUACCCUCUCUUUUUUCUAGAAAUUUGAAGUCACACUUGGCUUUUUAUCUUCAGUUAUGAAUUUAUUAUACUCCUAGCAAAUACAUUUUCAUUUAAAUUAAUAAGGAAUUCGCUUUGCGAAUUUGUCAUUUUUACUACAUUGAAAGUGUGAUGAAAAAAUGGAAUGAAAGCAAACAAAAAAUACUGUCUUUGCAAUUAUGUAUGUGAUAUCAUCUUUUCCUUCUUUUAGAUUAGAAUUACUAUUGUAUUUUACAGAAUUUUAAAUUAAUUGCGUUUAAGAAGGGCUAGAGAAAAUUGUUAAGUUCACGGUGGAAAAUCCAUGUAACGGCUGGUUGUGGGCCAAUAAAAAAAAAA